AUGGCGGCGGCUCUAAGGAACCCGCCUCAGGGUAGUGUGACCUUUCCAGAUGUUGCUGUGUACUUCUCCUGGGAGGAAUGGAGGCUCCUUGAUGAGGCUCAGAGACGCCUGUAUCUGGAUGUGAUGCUGGAGAACUAUGCACUUAUAUCCUCACUGGGUUGCUGCUGUGGAACAGAGAAUGCAGAGGCACCUUCUGAACAGAUCACUUCUCUAGAAAUGUCACAGGCUAGGACCACGAAGGCAGCUUUGUCUACCCAAAAGAUGCACCCAUGUGAGAUCUGUGGUCCAGUCUUGAGAAAUGUUUUCCACUUGGCUGAGCACCAUGAAACACAGCACGUCCAAAAACUGUUGAGGUGUGGAGCAUGUGUGAAACAAUUUUAUUUUAGUACAAACUUUCAGCAGCACCUGCAGCAGCACAUGGGAGAGAAAACCCUCCAAAGCAGUGUGGACAAGGCCUUGUUUGUGAAGAGCUGCAGGUUCCUUGUGUCACAGAAGUCAUUUACAUGCAGGGAUUUUGAAAAGGACUUCCUGACCAUCAUGGUUCAUCUGCAGCAACAGGCUGUGAAGAAGCCAAGCACAGUCACCCAGCGCCAGUCAACCUUACAUGGCAGGAAAAGUCAUCACACAUGGGAAGAAUGCAAGAAAGCCCUUAGUCCCCCACGUACACUUGUUCAGGACCAGGGUGUCCGCACUGGAAGACCUUGUUUUGUGUGCAGUGAAUGUGGGAAAGCAUUCAGCUCAGCCCUCACUUACCAUCAGAGAUCUCACACAGGAGAAAGGCCUUAUGAGUGUAGUGACUGUGAGAAAUCUUUUGUCUCUAGGCCUGCCCUCAGGUAUCAUCAGAGAUCUCACACAGGAGAACGGCCUUAUGCAUGCAGUCAAUGUGGGAAAACUUUUACCACUAGCUCUAACCUCCAUUAUCAUCAAAGAGUUCACACUGGAGAAAGGCCUUAUGAAUGUAGUGAAUGUGGGAAAUCUUUUAACAAUAGGUGGACACUCAUUCAACACUGGAGAGUUCACACCGGAGAAAGGCCUUUUGAGUGCAGUGAAUGUGGGAAGUCCUUUAAUCGAAGAAAUAACCUCAUCUUACACCAGAGAAUUCACACAGGAGAAAGGCCUUACAUGUGCAGUGAAUGUGGGAAAUCUUUUACCUUCAGCUCCAGCCUUCGUUAUCAUCAGCGAGCUCACACUGGAGAAAGACCUUAUGAGUGCAGUGAAUGUGGGAAGUCUUUUAUUUCUAGGUCUGACCUCCAUUAUCAUCAAAGAGUUCAUUCUGGAGAAAGACCUUAUGAGUGUAGUGAAUGUGGGAAAUCCUUUAUCCAAAGAAAUAACCUCAUAAUACACCAGAGAAUUCACACAGGAGAAAGGCCUUAUGAGUGCAGUGAAUGUGGUAAAUCUUUUACUUGUAGUUCCACUCUGCAUUAUCAUCAGAGAGUUCACACUGGAGAAAGGCCUUACGUGUGCAGUGAAUGCGGGAAAUCUUUUAUUACCACAUCCAAACUGCGUUGUCAUCAGAAAGUUCACACUGGAGAAAUCAGUUAUGAAUGCACUGAGUGUAGGAAGUCCUUUAAACGAAAAUCUGAUGUAAUUGAACACUGGAGGGUUCAUACUGGAGAAAGGCCUUAUGAGUGCAAUGACUGUGGGAAAUCUUUUACUUCUAGCUCUGCCCUCCAUUAUCAUCAGAGAGUUCACACUGGAGAAAAGACUCAUAAAUGUGGGGAAUGUGGGAAGUCUUUUACCUCUAGCUCUGGCCUGCGUUAUCAUCAGAGAAUUCACACAGGAGAAAGGCCAUAUGAAUGUACUGAUUGUGGAAAGUCUUUUACCCAAAUAAAUCACCUCAUUAUACACCGAAGAAUUCACACAGGAGAAAGGCCUUAUGAGUGCAGUGAAUGUGGGAAAUCCUUUAGCCAUAAAUCUUACCUAUCUCAACACCAGAGAGUUCACACUGGAGAAAGGCCUUUUGAAUGUAAUGAAUGUGGGAAAUCUUUUACCUCUGGUUCUGCCCUCUGUUAUCAUCAGAGAGUUCACACAGGAGAAAAACCUUAUGAGUGCAGUGACUGUGGGAAAUCCUUUACCAAUGGACCAAUACUCAUCCGACACCGUAGAGUUCACACAGGAGAAAGGCCUUAUGAGUGCAAUGAGUGUGGAAAAUCCUUUACCCAAAGAAAUCAUCUCAACAUACACCAUAGAAGAGUUCACACAGGAGAAAGGCCUUUUGACUGCAGUGAAUGUGGGAAAUCUUUUAGAGAUAGUUCCCAGUUGAAUCAACACCAGAGGGUUCACACUGGAGAAAAGCCUUAUGAAUGUACGGAUUGUGGGAGAUCCUUUAGCCAGAAUUCAUACCUCUCUAAACACCGGAGAGUUCACACUGGAGAGAGACCUUAUGAGUGCAGUGAAUGUGAGAAGUCAUUUACUUCUGUCUCUGCCCUUGGCUACCAUCAGAGAGUUCACACUGGAGAACGACCUUAUAAGUGCAGUGACUGUGGGAAAUCUUUUACCAAUAGCUCAAUACUCGUUCGACAUCGGAGAGUUCACACAGGAGAAAGGCCUCAUGAAUGUAGUGAUUGUGGAAAAUCCUUUACCCAAAGAAUUCACCUCAUUAUUCACCGGAGAGUUCACACAGGAGAAAGGCCUUAUGAAUGCAGUGAAUGUGGGAAGUCUUUCACCUCUCGUUCCACCCUUCAUUAUCAUCAGAGAGUUCACACAGGAGAAAAGCCAGAAAGAUGUUACGUGUGCAGCGAAUGUGGAAAAUCAUUUAGCAAAAGUUCUCAUCUCAUUAGACAUCGGAGCGUUCACACUGGAGAAAGGCCUUAUGAGUGUAACGAAUGUGGCAAAUCUUUUAGCCAAAGCUCAAACCUCAUUCAGCAUCGGAGAGUUCACACUGGAGAAAGGCCUUACAAGUGCAGUGAAUGUGGGAAAGCCUUUAUCCAAAGAUCACAUCUCAUUCAGCACUGGAGAGUUCACACUGGAGAAAGGUCUUAUGAAUGUAAAGAAUGUGGGAAAUCUUUUAACAAAAGCUACAGCCUCAUUCACCAUCAGAGUGUUCAUACCGGGAGAAGGCCUUAUGAAUGUGGUGAAUAUGGGAAAUCAUUUUCCCAAAACUCUGUGCUCCUUCAACAUCAGAGAGUUCACACUGGAGAAAGUCCUUAUGAAUGCAGUGAAUGUCAGAAAUCUUUUCGACAAAGCUCUGCACUCCUUCAGCAUCGGAGAGUUCAUACUGGAGAAAGGCCUUAUGAGUGUGGUGAAUGUGGGAAAUCCUUUAGAUAUAUCUCCAACCUCAUUACACACCGGAGAGUUCACACGGGAGAAAGGCCUUACAAGUGCAAUCAGUGUGAGAAAUCCUUUAGAUACAUAUCCAACCUCACUACUCAUCGGAGAGUUCAUACUGGAGAAAGGCCUUAUAAAUGUAGUGAAUGUGGGAAAUCAUUUAGCCAAAGCUCUAACCUCAUCACACAUCGGAGAAUUCACUCUGGGAAAAGGCCUUACAAUUUGGGGAAUCUGUUGAGUUCUUUACCUACAACUCCAGUCUCUUAA